UAUAUAGUUGGGGAAAGAAACUAUCAUAUGGUCUCUCUGUAAACAAUGUUGUUUGUAGCAGGCUUUACUUAUUACUUUAAUAUAUAUGUCUGGUCUGCUUGUCUCCUCCUGUCCCAAAAAAAGCAACCCAGCGUGUUAACACAAAGCAUUGUAUAAUUGGUUAGCGAUAUUGCCUAAAAUUUAUAGCGAUAUGAUACCGAAAAGAGUGGUAGUAUAAAAAUGGUCUUUCUCAUGUAUUAGACCCUAUAAAAGUAACCCCAUCUCACGAGGCUUUGCUUAUUUAAUUUUACUCGAGAAAAGCAGACAAAAGAGAGAAUAACAUAUGGAGAAGUGUGAAAGAAGAGAUUUUGAAGAUGACUAUUAUAUGUAUUAUAACAUAGUUUUGUUCACAGCAGUAAUGUUAAUGGCUUGUUUGAAAAGAGCCAUUGUGGUUUUUCUUUUAAAGGAGUGGAGAGCUUGGGUUUUUCUACUCCUGAAUCUUCUUCUCUUAGCUAUUCUCUUUACUUCUUCAUCUCUCUCCAAAAACUCAAUCGAAGAAGAAGAAGAAGAAGAAAAAGACAACAAAGAAGAAUGUGGUACUAAAAACAACAACAACAACAACAACAACAACAACAACAACAGCAACAACAACAACAAUGAAGGUGAGUUUGAGGUUAAAAAAUGCAAAAAGAGUAGUUGUAGUGAUGUUAUUGUUAAAAAUCAAUUUCAGCAAAGUUGUACAAGUAAAGAAGAUGAAAUUGAGGGUCCUAAUAAGGGACUAUCUAAGGAAGAGCUUAAUGAAAGAGCUGAAGCUUUUAUUAUGAUGUUUAGACAACAUUUGGUUUUGGAUGCAAGAAAAUGUGGUGGUCAACAACAACAACAACAACAUUAUUUGUAUAAACAAAGCCCUCAUCAGGGAUCUGUAGUAGGGUGCAAUGUCAAUUUUAGAAGUACUGCUUGUUCAAGAUGAUUUUAUAUUUGCUACUUAUUACUUAAUUAAAUCUCUUUUUGAUGUGAGUAAUGGGAGUUUUGAGAUGUUGUUUACUAAUUAAGUUCUUUAUGUGUUUCAAUUUUUGGUUUCAUUUAUGCAAUAUUUUGAGGACUAGAAAUACAAAACUAUGGGAUAUUUUUUUUGCAAAAAUAUCCCAUAGUUUUGUAUUUCUAGUUAUAAUUGUUGUUUAUAUAAAGUAGAAACAUAAUGAGCUGU